CCUAACCAAACUUAAACAAACCCUGACCUAAUCCUUGCCAAGCCUAACCUUGACCAGGGGCAAAUCCAAACCAUCAUCCCCCUCUUUGGUUCACAAUAAAGGGGGAGAAAAUGAAAGAAAUGAAUAGAAGAUGAGAGAAGAGAUGGAGAUUGAGUUUUGAGCUUUCCGCUCUGAUGCUUCAAUCGAAACCUAGAAAAGAGAGAGUGAGAAAGAUAUCAGAACCAGAGAACAAGGCGGUUAGAAAGUGAAAAAAAAGUGCGAAAAAAAAAUAAAAGUGAAAACCAAUGGCUGACCAAUUAGUGGCAAACCACCUGGAGCCAUGGCGGGAGCUGAAGGGCAAGGUGGUGAUGGUCACCGGAGCUUCAUCGGGCCUUGGCCGUGACUUUUGUCUUGACCUCGCUAGAGCUGGCUGUAGAAUUGUGGCUGCUGCCCGCCGAGUGGACCGCCUCAAGUCUCUCUGCGACCAAAUCAACCACCUCUCUUCUUCUUCUUCUUCUUCUUCUUCUUCUUCGCCAACUGUCCGAGCUGUUGCUAUUGAGCUCGACGUCACUGCCAAUGGUCCUACCAUCGACGCGUCCAUACAGAAGGCCUGGGAGGCAUUUGGCCAUAUCGAUGCCUUGGUUAAUAACGCUGGCAUUAGGGGCUCUGUGAAGUCUCCAUUGAAUAUAUCUGAGGAGGAAUGGAGCGAUACUGUCAAAACGAACCUAACAGGAUCGUGGAUGGUGUCAAAGUAUGUGUGCAUACGAAUGCGCGAUAUGAAUCAAGGGGGAUCCAUCAUCAACAUUUCUUCUAUUGCAGGCCUUAAUAGGGGGCAGCUGCCUGGAUCCGUUGCCUAUGCUUCUUCAAAGGCAGGCGUGAACACCAUGACAAAGGUAAUGGCGAUGGAAUUGGGGGAGCACAAAAUUAGAGUGAAUUCAAUAUCCCCUGGACUGUUCAAGUCCGAGAUAACAGAGGGCCUGAUGCAGAAAGAUUGGCUUAAUAAUGUGGCCAUGAGAACCGUGCCCUUGAUGACGUAUGGAUCAGCGGACCCUGCAUUGACAUCUCUCGUUCGAUAUUUGAUCCAUGACUCUUCAGAAUAUGUAUCCGGCAACGUCUUCAUCGUGGAUGCAGGUGCUACCCUCCCCGGUGUUCCCCUCUUUUCUUCCCUCUAAAUUUCCUACUUGUGUUUUUUCUAGUUGAGUAGGGCGGCAUGAAGCCUGAGAAUUUAUACGCUGCACGCUCUUGGAAUUGCUUUAAAUAUCAAUGGAUAGAUGCUCGCAGGCAGGCAGGUAUGCCACUGAUGGGCUAGUCUCUGCUAAUAUCCAUCUGUUUAUGAAUUCUAUAUGCAAGAAUCAUGAAAAAAUAAAUAAAAGCAAAACGUGUUUUGUUUGAA